AUGGCCUCUACUCGUGUCCUCGCCUCCAGGCUGGCCUCCUCCAUGGCCACCAAGGCCGCUCGCCCUGCCGUGCGCGCCGCUCCUCUCCAGGUCGCCUCCAAGCGCACCAUCACUGGCUUCACUGCCCGCCCCCAGGUUACCCUCAAGGCCAAUGCCAGCCGCAUGUUCCAGAACGCCCAGGCCAAGCGUGCCUACUCCUCCGAGAUCGCCCAGGCCAUGGUUGAGGUCUCCAGGAACAUCGGUAUGGGCAGCGCCGCCAUCGGUCUGACCGGUGCUGGUAUCGGUAUCGGUCUCGUCUUCGCCGCCCUCCUCAACGGCGUUGCCCGCAACCCUGCCCUCCGUGGCCAGCUCUUCUCUUAUGCCAUUCUGGGUUUCGCCUUCGUCGAGGCCAUUGGUCUUUUCGACCUCAUGAUUGCCCUCAUGGCCAAGUUCGCGACGGCUGCAUCGGGAUUUUUCGACUGA